CAUCCACGCGACGCGCGCACUACGUUUUCGGUCUCCCUCCUCACCUGCCGGGGACUCGCACCGUGUUUGGGCUUGGAUGUAGCUGUGCCAACAGCAACUCGUGCGGAGGCGAGCGCGUUCGGUAUUCCGCGUGAAUCGAGGUGAGCUCCCCUCGGCAACCGGCUAGACGGCUUUAGCUUGACAUAAGACAGAAAAGGGUACGGGACGCCGGUUAUCGUGUGACCAGUGGUGCAAUAACUUGCACUUACAAGAGCAAAUGCUGCUGCUGCCAGCUCUAAGGACAGACAGCUUGCGGGCAUCAUAAUUGUAAUAAGUCCCUGAGACGGACACGUCGCCCGGGAGACACUCGGAGAGCGUAGGGGACUGUCAGCUGCGUUGCCAAGAGAAGGUGAGAAGUGAGGUAUGGCGCAAGUAUCCAGUGAGCAAAAUGUGUCUGGACCGAUGGACCCUGAGGAUGACUCCCCCAAUAUGAUUGUGUAUAGAAAAAUUGAGGACAUCAUUACGAAAAUGGAAGAUGACAAGGCAGGAGGUGUGCCAAUUAGAACUGUCAAGAGCUUUCUGUCCAAAAUCCCCAGUGUUGUCACAGGUAGUGACAUUGUUCAGUGGCUCCUUAAGAAUUUAAGUAUUGAAGACCCAGCCGAAGCAAUACACUUAGGAAGCCUUAUAGCAGCACAAGGCUACAUAUUCCCAAUAUCAGACCAUGUCCUAACGUUAAAGGAUGAUGGUACAUUCUACCGCUUUCAGGCUCCUUAUUUUUGGCCUUCAAAUUGCUGGGAACCAGAGAAUACAGACUAUGCCAUCUACCUUUGUAAGAGGACAAUGCAAAACAAAGCCAGACUGGAGCUUGCCGAUUAUGAAGCCGAAAAUCUGGCACGAUUACAAAGAGCCUUUGCAAGAAAAUGGGAAUUCAUCUUUAUGCAGGCAGAAGCCCAGGUCAAAAUAGACAGAAAAAAGGACAAAACAGAAAGAAAGAUUCUAGACAGUCAAGAAAGAGCCUUUUGGGAUGUCCAUAGACCAGUGCCUGGCUGUGUAAAUACAACAGAAAUGGACAUUAGAAAAUGUAGACGCAUGAAAAAUCCUCAGAAGGUCAAAAAGUCAGUGUAUGGAAUUACAGAAGAAUCGCAAACUCACAGCCCUGUACAUACACCUACUCAGGUUCUUAAAAAAACUACAAAAGAUGACCUACGGAAACAGAUAACCUUCCUGAACGUUCAGGUUGACAGACACUGUUUAAAAAUGUCCAAAGUAGCAGAAAGUUUAAUCAGUUAUUCUGACCAGUACUUUGAAUAUGACCCUUUACUCACACCACCUGAACCUUCAAAUCCAUGGAUUAAUGAUGAUGCCACUUUCUGGGACACAGAGUCAAGCAAAGAGCCAAGCCAACAGCGUGUCCGAAGGUGGGGAUUCUCAUUGGAGGAAGCGUUAAAAGAUCCAGCAGGAAGGGACCAGUUUCUUCGAUUCCUAGAAUCUGAAUUUAGCUCAGAAAACCUGAGGUUUUGGUUAGCAGUUCAAGACUUGAAGAAACAGCCACUACAGGAGGUGGCCGAUAGAGUCCAGGAGAUAUGGCACGAAUUCCUAGCACCAGGUGCUCCCAGCUCGAUCAACCUCGACUCCCAUAGUUACGAAAUAACAAGUCAGAAUGUCAAAGACCCAGGAAGGUACACGUUUGAAGAUGCACAGGAACAUAUUUACAAACUAAUGAAGAGUGACAGCUAUGCCCGCUUCCUCCGUUCCAGUGCUUAUCAGGAUUUGUUGCUUGCCAGAAAGAAGCCUGACAACGAGCAAGGCCGUAGAACUUCACUAGAGAAGUUCACCCGCAGUAUGGGCAAGUCACUGACAGCGAAGCGCCUUACAGGUCUGAUGCAGUCUUCCUGAUGGUCACCAGUAGAACAACCAGUGAGCUUCAGAGACGCACACAUCUGGUCUACAAGCAAAUAUGAACGCCAUGGGGAAAUGACGCAUGAUGACGGAGUGAAGACAACUGUUCUGACCAAGGGCCCUUUGUAUAGUUUACAGUACCACUUCUUACCUUGAUGGAAGAACUCUGCACUGAGCUGUCAUGCUGUAUUGAGGUUUAUAUGGACCUUCUUGUAAUGGUUGGGACUGUCCAAAUGGACUUACAAUAAUAAAAGCAAACACUGGAGAAGUGGCAGUUAACUGCUGAAAAAAGAAGACAACAUAUCUCAUUUAUAACAUCAUAUAUGAAUGCCUUUAGCUUGCUUUCAGGUUUUUGCAAGUUGUUUUUAGAUUAUAUGAAAGUGUUUCAUUUUAUGAUAGAUUUUUUAAUUGACAUUUCCGGGUAUUCUAAAUGGUGUUGCCUGACUAGAUGCCAGGUAUUUUACACUCACUGAAUUUCUAAUUUUUCCUCCCAGAAUCCAAAACUUUGUUUUGAUGAAGCCCUUUGUCUAUUUCUGCUCUCUCUGGUUUGCUGAAUUCUUAAAUGCAGAUGUCAUGUUAUUGUUACUUGAUUUGAUUUUUCACAGUGCAGGGCUUCUACUGGUGCCUUUCCCCAUUUCUUUUAUGAAGUUUUUACCAUCCUAGUUACUGCAGUUUCCCUGGUGGGCACUGCCAAUUCACAGUGACAAACCCCUCCACCCAAAAAAUCUCUAAGCAUCCCUAUCGAUUAUGUUCUCAGAUAGGUUCAAACCUAUCCUGGGCAGUGAGUGAGAGAAACUUUUUUAUGCGUGUGUUUAUGUGUAUGAGGGGCAUGCUCAGUGGAGAGGAGUGGUGACAGGUCUAAGUUAACAGGAGAUAUUACAUUUUCUGAUCAUUUUCAGCCCAGUCCCCCAUCUGCAAAAGCACCCACGGGACACUUACUGGAGAGCAAGUAACAUGAGAAAGAUGGUAACACAUGUUGAUAACAGAAUCUUACAUAAUCAUAUAAUUCCAUCAGGCAGAAAGGAAGGCAUGCACAUUGUGAUAUAUAUCUGUAUCUAUCUAUAUGUGUAUAU